AGGGCCAAGACGGUCAGGUUAGUAGGCGGAGUGAGACUGUUAAUGUCUGCGGAAGCUGUAGAGCAGCGUUCUUUAGGGACAGCAGCAGCGGAGGAGGAAUCUGCGGCCCUGAAAGAACAACAAGAUGUAGCACGCGGCCUGGAGAACUUUCCCGUGAGAGUAUGGCCUCUGGGGGCGGGGCCCAGGCCUAAGCCUUUCCAGUAUACUCCUGAUCAUGUCGCUGGGCCUGGAGCAGACAUCGACCCCACACAGAUAACCUUUCCUGGGUGUGCUUGCUCCGACACUCCAUGUCUCCCUGGCACUUGCUCCUGUCUCCGCCACGAGAAUAACUAUGACGACAGUCUGUGCCUCAGCAACAUAGGAUUGGAAGCAAAGUACGCCAAGCCCGUUUUUGAGUGCAAUGUUCUCUGCCAGUGUGGUGAGCGCUGCAGAAACAGGGUGGUCCAGCAUGGUCUGCAGUUCCGUCUCCAGGUGUUCCAAACAGACAAAAAGGGCUGGGGACUUCGGACCUUGGAAUCUAUACCCAAGGGAAGAUUCGUCUGUGAGUAUGCUGGGGAGAUUUUAGGAUUCUCUGAAGUACAGAGAAGAAUUCACCUACAAACAGCACAUGACCCAAAUUACAUCAUCGCCAUCAGAGAGCAUAUUUAUAAUGGGCAGGUCAUGGAAACUUUUGUCGACCCUACCUACAUAGGAAAUAUUGGGAGAUUUCUGAAUCAUUCUUGUGAGCCAAACCUGUUGAUGAUUCCUGUCCGAAUUGACUCAAUGGUACCUAAGCUGGCCCUUUUUGCAGCCAAAGCUAUUUCGCCAGGAGAAGAACUCUCUUAUGACUAUUCAGGAAGGUUCCUGAACCAAAUAAGCAGUGAAGACAAAGAAAGGAUAGAUCCUGAACAACUAAGAAAACCUUGUUACUGUGGUACCCCAUCAUGUGCCACCUUCCUGCCCUAUGACAGUUCACUAUACUGCCCCUAGAAAAACCAGACACCAGGUAGGAAGGGAGGUCCUACCUACCAGCCUCUCUGGGGACAGAACCAGAGGAAGUCAAGCAUUAAGUGCUUCAACUGCAUCCUGCUUCCUCUCUGGUGAACAGCCUACCCCCAAGGGAAGUAUACCUUGUAGUUAGUGUCUUGCUCAUCCCAGUAAGAAAGACCAGGGGUUGCCCAGCCCUGCCCCUGCCAGGAUGCCUAAAUUCAACUCAAGAAUGUGAUAAAAUGUCCAGCUGUACCCAUUCUCCAGAAUACUUACCUUUAUAGAUGACUCCUUGGGUGCCAUUUCUUCUUGGAAACCAGAAUUUAGACUUGAUGACUGAAAUUGGAGUAGCCAUCCAGAAUCCAAGUUGACCCUGGGAAAGGGUCACACUGAGCAAAUCAACAAGAGAUCUGGAAGUAUAGAAAAUGCUGCUAGUCCUGACGUCUGGAAUUGGAGAGGAGAAGCCUACGAUACUAAAGCCACUGUUGCCUUGCAUUUGAGCAAAGCUUAUGAUUCAAGACCUCAGCCUUGCU